AUGUGCGAGGAAUUCUGGAUAAUUUUUGCAAAAGCUUAUGUUAUUCGAUACCCGGGUUUGAUGACAAAAAAGCUCGUCCGUUGCGAGCUACAACCGUUUAGAAAUGCUGGUGAUACCCCAGAAUGCUGGUACCAUCAACUUACCAACUCCACAGAUUCAUUUCCCGCUUCUGAAUGGUUGACCAGCACAGAUUGUCUUUAUCUAAAUGGCAGCAGUUACCAUGGGAAUAUAUCAGUAACAGUCUCAGGCAUUCCAUGCCAGUCAUGGACAGAGCAAUGUCCACAUCGUCACACGAUGAACACAACAUAUCCAGAAUUAAAUCAGGCUAAGAACUAUUGUCGCAACCCUAAAAACUCGGGUAGAAGACCUUGGUGUUUUACUACCGAUAGGAAGAAGAGAUGGGAGUACUGUGAUAUCCCUAAUUGUACACCAGUUCCUGGUAGUUAUGGCAACUGGUCAAUGAAAAGCGCGUGCAAUGCGACCUGCGGUCGUGGUUUUGAAACUUGGACACGAGAUUGUGAUAACCCAUGGCCAAAAUAUGGUGGACGAAACUGCAGUCAUUUAGGAGAACCUGUUGAAUAUAGACCAUGUUGGACAAAAUACUGCCCAGUUAACGGCGGUUAUAGCAAAUGGAAUUUGAGUAUUCGAUGCAGUGUUUCAUGCGGAGAGGGAGUGGAAAUAUGGCGACGUACUUGUGACAAUCCAGAACCUAAAUACCACGGCCGUGGAUGCGGUGGGAUCGGGAAUUCGACUGAGAUUAGAAAAUGUAGCAAAAAACCAUGUCCAAUUGACGGUAGCUACAGUAACUGGACAAAGGCGUCUCCUUGCAGCGUCACGUGUGGCAAGGGUGUCGAACUAUGGAUACGGCAUUGUGAUAAUCCCCCGGGAAAGUUUGACGUGAAUUGUUACAGAGGAUUAGCUCGAGAAAAUAGAUCAUGCGUAGAGAAACCUUGUUCAGCUGCAGUUGACUCCGAAGUGGUUUGGCUUAUUGUUAGUGUUGCUUUUAUGUUUGUCGUAGUUGUUACAAUUUUUAUUUUAAUUACUAAAAAAAGAAGAAAUGGAGGUUCUCUUUAUUACGCUUUUCUGCAUUUUUCUUCUCGACAAUCCCGUGGCACUCGACUGCUUGAGAUGAACAACCUAUCAGAAGGUGCGAGGACGCUGCAAGAAGCUCGUUCCGGUUCUGAAUACCAAAACAUGACAAGCGAAGGGGAUUCAGCUUUGAACUCACGUGGAGUUGUGAGUCACAGGAAUGAUUACGUAAAUACCCGGCCUUCUCGAAUCUCGUGGUACGACAAACUUCAAUCAUUUCGACCAUUGGCUGUUGAUUGGCUUCGAAACGCGUGGGGUGAUGUCGACAGCUCAGGCCGUCAUGCAUACGAUGUCAUGCAACAUAAUGCAAGACAGGUUUUUGUGCCUUACGACAAGUUGGCCGCGCGGCCUGAAUCGUCUGAAAGUGGGACUGGAACCAGCAGUCAAACGUACAGCAGAAUGGAAAGACCGCUUGAAGUCAUAUCGCCUACACGCAGUUAG